GCAGCAGGUUGCCAGGCUGUGGGAUCCAGUCUGAGAGGGAGCGAUGGCGGCGCUGGCGGCGCUGGGCUCUCCUCUGCGGACGUUCCGGGGCCUGGCGCGCGAGCUGCGUUUCGCCUUAGGAAGGGAGAAGGGCCGCCUUUACCGGGACGCGGCGGCCUAUCAGUACCUAAGGGACGCCUUCCGCGCGCACCGGGUAACCAGCGAAAAGCUGUGCCGGGCUCAGCACGAGCUCCAUUUCCAGGCAGCCACCUACCUUUGCCUCCUGCGCAGCGUCCGGGAGCACUUAGCGCUCCAUAAGGAAUACCAUGGAAGAGGAGAUCGCACCUCGGAACAAGUGGCUGGACUUGUAGGCCUGAAACUGCCGCAGCAGCCUGGAGGGAAAGGAUGGGAGUGAAUCUGACUUCAGAAAAGUCGGCCAUCUUUCCCAGCCUUGUUUGGAUGAAAUACAGCAUUUCUGCUGCGUUUGUGUCCAUAUCGACAUAGAAAUUAGCCUCACCAAACAGAAUGGGGCUGGUUUAUGAAUAGACACGCAGAGACUUGUGCUCAUUUUCUGCCUCGCAAACAAGAUUCCUGAUGUCCGCCUGGAGUCUUUAUUCCUAUUUCUUUAAAAGGCAAAUUAUCUCGUUCAGUACUCUGUUAAAAAUGUGUUUGUUUUUUUUUUACAUCCAGGAUAACUCACAAUAAAGUAAAAAGAUUCAAAACAAGAAAGAAUAAAAACAAAGUUGCAAUUGAAAAUAAGCAGCAUAAAACUAAACUGACUUUCAGUGUAUAUAGACUGUAAGCCUGCAAAAAUGAAAAUUGCCCUUAAGAACCAAUGGGACGGAUGUCACGCAGCUUGACUGCCUCAUAAUCGGACACUGAUACUUUCUGUCCACAGAUGUUUCCAUUUUCCUCCACAAACAAUACAUUGAAAUCAUGUAGAGAUGGGCAUCUGGCCACCCAGAUAUUCCCCAUUUCUAUGGAUUCU